GAUACUUUGACUGAAGAAACACCGACAGAAAAUCUUGAGGAAGUGGAUCUUGUUAAAUUUAAGAGAAUUUAUGAGAAAAUGGAAGACCAAAAAAAAUGGAUCUUAAAUUCUGGUAAAGUGGUGGAGGAUGAGUUAUAUAGGUUUGGAAUUAGAUGUGAACACGAGCACCCUUGCCACUCAUUCAUUGUAGAUCCUUGUGAUGAAAAUUACAUUGAAAAAGGAAUUUUUAAUAAAACAGAAUUAGAUGAAAUUCAUACUUAUAAAAUAAAACCUAUUCCACAGAUGCCUCAACAUUUAUUAAAUUAUAUUGGUAGUUUUCAUGCUGUAACUCCACCACCUCCAUUCUCUCCUUCAACUAUUUCCAUUCCCUCAACUGUUCCUACUUCUUCCACUAUUUCCUCUUCUCAUACUUUAAUUUCAUCCAUUAUUUUCUCUUCAUCCCCUAUUUCCUCUUCUCAUACUCUAAUUUCCCCUUCACCUCUUUCACCACCUUUAUUAAAUGAAAAUGUUGAUUCAUUUUCUGCCACUAAUAUUGAUGAUUCAUAUCAUAUUUUAUAUCUUAUUGAUGUGUCCUUAUUAGUAUUGGAUUUUUUCAUUUUCAGUCAUUUAGAGUCUUUAUAUAAAAAGAGAAAAGCUGCUGAAUCUGAUUUUAUAAUUAUAUUAAGUUUUUUAAAUAUAAUUCUCAGUAUGCUUGAAAUGAUUAUUGGAUGUGAUAUAACAACAAAGGCAAUUCUACAAGGAUUAGCAACUAUACUUUUAUGGGGUUUUCCAGUAAUAUCAAUAUAUAAUGAUUCAGAAUUUUUGGGUUAUAAACCAACCAAGAUUGAAUUUAAAAAGGACAUAAUAAUUUCUACAGCUUUUAUAAAUUUUUUAAAUGCAGUUCGCUUGUAUAAUAAUUCAAAAGAUUACAAUUCUUUUAAUAUUGAAAUUUUUAAAAUAAUUAUGAUUUUGAUCAGUAAUUAUGAUGAGUUUCUAAAACCAAUACUAUUAAUCAUUCCAUCAACUGUUCAAGGUGUGAUCCUAUAUCCUAAAUAUGAUAAUAUAAUUGUAUUGAUUACUAUUUGUUUAUCUUUUGCAACAUCACUCAUGUUUUUGUAUCAGAAAGCUCAAAUGUUGGGGAAAUCUCAAAUGUAUUUGGAAUUCAAUGAAUUUCCAAACCUUUUUUUUGUGGAGUUAAAGACAAUUUUUCUUAAAUUUUGUUUACUUGGUGUAUGUUAUAUAGGAGCAAUAGUAUAUGUUAUAUCAUAUAUUUUAAUUGGAUAUGUGCAAAUGCCAAUACAAAUAUCCUUCAUUAUGUUUGGGAGUCUUCCUGAUAUUUAUCAUGGAAUUAUUCUCUGUGCUGGACCUUAUUUAAAAUUUUUAGCAAAUUCAGGAAAUUAUUUAAUAAUGAAUCUUGGCAUCUAG